CCCGACCUCAUUGGCAGCUACCAUCUGUUAUCGUCUUUUGGGUCGAGUCGACCAGUGAAUACAGCAUCACCAUCGAAUCUCAAUUUGCCAAUGAGUUCUCCCUUCCGGCCACAAUGUCUGCCGAGACCAAUCAGGGAGAGCAUCAACAGCAACAGCGGCAGCCCCCGCUCAUAAACUUCGUCCUCUCCUUCCUCCUCGUCGGCCUGGCCUGGGGCUUCACGACGCCCUUCAUCCGGCGCGCGGCCAAGGACCACCGCCCGGGCGCCCACCCGCUCCUGGACUUGCCCGCCGUGCGUCGGAGCCCCCUGCGCCGCCGCGCCUGCGCCGCCUUUUUCGCCGUCGUCGACCUCCUCCGCAACCCGCGCUAUGCCGUGCCGUUACUGCUGAACCUGACGGGCAGCGUCUGGUUCUUCUUGUUGGUUGGGAGAGCUGAAUUGAGCUUGACGGUGCCGAUUGUGAACACGGUCGCCUUCUUGUUCACGGUGAUCGGUGAAUGGUGGGUUGAAGGAAAGGUUAUCAGUCGAGAAACCAUGAUUGGAAUGUUGCUGUCGGUGGGCGGUAUUGCGUUGUGCGUGCAGAGCAAGAAUGCUUCCUGACGAGUCACGCAACAUGGAGGUGAGCGCACGCCCCAAAGUGCGCUCGCAUGCGU